GGGGUCCUCGCUUGCGGAGGAUGUGGGGCGGCGGUCGGCUGGCGGGUUCUGGUGGCGGGGCGGCCGUGACCGUGGCCUUCACCAACACGCGCGACUGCUUCCUUCACUUGCCGCGGCGCCUAGUCGCCCAGCUGCACUUGCUCCAGAAUCAAGCUAUAGAAGUAGCCUGGGGUCACCAGCCUGCAUUCUUGAGCUGGGUGGAAAGCAGACAUUUUAGUGAUGAAGGUGAAAAUGUGGCUGAAAUUAACAGACAAGUUGGUCAGAAACUUGGACUCUCAAAUGGGGAACAGGUGUUUCUCAAGCCUUGUCCCCAUGUGGUGUCUUGCCAGCAAGUUGAGGUGGAACCCCUGUCAGCAGAUGAUUGGGAGAUACUGGAGCUGCAUGCUGCUUCCCUUGAACAGCACCUUCUAGAUCAGAUUCGAAUAGUUUUUCCAAAAGCCGUUUUUCCUGUCUGGGUUGAUCAGCAGACUUACAUAUUUAUCCAGAUUGUUGCCCUAACACCGGGCGCCGCUUAUGGAAGGCUGGAAACCGACAGCAGACUCCUAAUUCAGCCAAAGACCCGCCAAGCCAGAGAGAGUACAUUUUCAGAAGCAGGUAAAACACCUGGACAGUUUCAUAAUUAUGAAAGAGACCAAAAAGGAUUGACAAAAGAACUUCAAACCAAACAACCUCAAUCAAACACUGUAGGAGUCGCUGGGUCUAAAGAACGAGAUUCAGAGGAAAGGAUUGACUCAUCAUUUCUACCAAGCUUAUGGACUGUGAUAGGAAGCAUUUUUUCUUCGGGGUCUGAGAAGAAACAAGACACAUCCUGGGGGUUAACUGAAAUCAAUGCUUUCAAAAACAUGCAGUCAACAGUUGUUCCUCUGGACAAUAUUUUCAGAGUAUGCAAAUCCCAGCCUCCCAGCAUAUGUAAGGCAUCAGCAACUUCUGUGUUUCACAAACAUCAUGCCAUUCAUGUAUUUCCAUGGGACCAAGAAUAUUUUGAUUUGGAGCCUAGCUUCACUGUGACCUAUGGAAAGCUAGAGAAACUGCUUUCUCCAAAGCAACAACAAAGUAGAACAAAGCAAAAUGUCCUGCCACCUGAAAAAGAGAAGCAGAUGUCAGAGCCUCUAGAUCAAAAACAAGUUAGCCCAGACCAUAGUCACAAAGCUGGCAAGGCCUGUGUGCUAAAGGUAGUCUGGAAUGGACUUGAGGAACUGAAGAAUGCCAUUAAAUACACCAAAAAUUUAGACACGCUUCAUCUUGGGAAAGUCUGGAUUCCAGAUGACCUGAGAAAGAGACUAAAUAUAGAAAUGCAUGCAGUAGUCAGAAUAACUCCAGUGGAAAUUACCCCUAAGAUUCCAAGAUCUCUAAAACUACAACCUACAGAAAACUUAUCUAAGGAUGUCAGUGAAGAAGACAUAAAAACUGUGUUCUAUUCAUGGCUCCAGCAGUCUGCUACUGCCACAAUUCCUCUGAUAGUAUCAGAGGAAGAAUACAUUAAACUGGAAAUGAAAGAUGGGUUGAAGGAGUUUUCUCUGAAUAUAGUUCAUUCUUGGGAAAAGAAAAAAGAAAAAAGUAUUUUUCUAUUGAGUACAAAUCUGCUGCAGAAGAUGACAAUACAAGUCCUUCUAGAUCCUAUGGUAAAAGAAGAAAACAGUGAGGAAAUUGACUUUAUUCUUCCUUUUUUAAAGCUGAACUGCUUGGGAGGAGUGAAUUCCUUCGGCGUCUCCUCCAUGGAGCACAUCACGCACAGCCUCCUGGGGCGUCCUCUGUCUCGGCAGCUGGUGUCCCUUGUGGCAGGACUUAGGAAUGGGGCCCUUUUACUCACAGGAGGAAAGGGAAGUGGAAAAUCAACUUUAGCAAAGGCAAUCUGUAAAGAAGCAUUUGACAUAUUGGAUGCCCAUGUGGAAAUAAUUGACUGUAAAGCUUUACGAGGAAAAAGGCUUGAAAACAUACAGAAGACCCUAGCGGCAGCUUUCUCGGAGGCGCUGUGGCGCCAGCCCUCUGUUGUUCUGUUGGACGACCUGGACCUCGUCAUUGGCCGCUCUGCCCUCCCGGAACACGAGCACAGUCCGGAGGCCGUUCAGAGCCAGCGGCUCGCCCACG